AUGUUAUCUGAGAUACUACGAAACUCAUCAAUGGAAGUACGGCAAACACCGCCGCUGUUUCAACAGAUUGACGACAAUUUUUACUCAUACUCUUCUUUCUUACGUUCUUAUCAGAAGUAUGAGAAGCUCACCCCUUCGUAUGCUCAUAGCAUAGAUACUAUAGUUAUUGGUAAAGCAAAUGUUCAUCCAACGUUUCGUUGUAAUAUUUGGCUGGAAAAUGAUUCUAAACCCAAAGCUGGACGAUUUUCAUAUAAAACAAUAUCCAAGACUAAGGAUGACUUUAUCCUGUAUAUAUUUCAAUGCACAAUGAACAAAAAUUUUGGAAAGCCAAAGGGAAUAAGUUUUUAUGUUAAUGACUAUAAAGUCAACCCUAUAAAUGCACCUAUUAAUAGACUUAUUCAAGUUAAUACAAAACGAAAAGCAAGAGAAAGUAGCAGUAUAAAAUUUGUUAACAACAUUGUGCCAGCUUUAUGUGUAAUACCAAAUGAGGUACCAAUUGUAUCAAGAGAUUCCUUCAUAGAGUUUCUGGUAUUCCAUCACAUGAUGGGUGUUAACUAUUUUACAAUAUAUGACAGCAUGAUAUCCGAAGAUGUUAUAAGAAGAUUGAAUUUGUUACCUGCCGAUAUCACACAAUGGAAUAUACAGUUUUUCCCAUUAAACUAUCCAUUUAUAUUUUCUAAAACAUAUGAUAUUGUACGUAAAGCCGUUGAAUUGGAUUGUUUAUUUAGGCAUUUCAGGUAUGAUAAGGAAGAAACAGAUAUAGCCAGUCAUGCAGCAGUAUUGUCUUGGGAUGAGUUUCUAGUACCCCGUUUUCAUAUGACCAUCAAAGCUGUUUUGGAUGACUUUGAUCCAACACGUGCAUUACGAACUGUGAUUAUCCAACCGCUUUUAUUCUGUUUAAAUCAAGCUGAUGAUGAUAAUGCAGAAGUUGGGUAUCCCAACAUAAUGAAUAAAAGACAUUACUACAUUUUAUCUCAGGAAAAAACAUUAAUUAAAAUAAGGAAUCUUGACACUAUGUCCACAUUUGAUGAAAUAUUCAACCUUACAGCUAGCAGUAAAGAAAUACCAUUGGAUAUGAUGGGUGUACAUAAAUAUGCUGAAUGUAGGGACACUAGUAAAUAUAGUCCAAGUGGUUACAAUGAAACACAGUUGCAAGUAUUUCAGCAUAAACUUGAAGGUGCAAUUACCCAAUUUGCUCAGAGUUUACUCAGUAAUAAAAUUUAUAGACUUUACAAAUCUGGCCAAAUUUGGGAAAAAACUAUAAGUGAAAAUGUGAGAGAUAUGUUGUGA